ACCCUGUCCCUCUGUGUCCUCAGGUCUCCGUCAGUAAACAGAGACUUUGUUCUCAGACUGUCUCGUCUGUUGAAGCUGUUGUUUCCACGGUUACUGUGUCCAGAGGUCGGCCUGCUGGCUCUGCACUCGCUCACCCUGAUGUCCCGGACCUUCCUGUCUAUCUACGUUGCUGCUCUGGACGGUGUGAUAGUGAAGUGUAUUGUUCAAAAGGAUCCUCAGGCCUUCGUGCUGCAGCUCUCUAAGUGGCUCCUCGUUGCAGUUCCUGCAACUUUCAUCAACAGCGCCAUCCGAUUCCUGGAAGGUCAGCUGACCCUCAGGUUCAGGAGCCGAUUGGUCGACCACGCCUACCAGCUGUACUUCACCAACCAGACUUACUACCGUGUCAGUAACAUGGACGGUCGUCUGUCCAAUCCUGAUCAGUCUCUCACUGAGGACAUCGUCAUGUUUUCAGCCUCCAUCGCCCAUCUCUACUCCAACCUGACCAAACCCAUCCUGGAUGUGGUCGUCACCUGCUAUACCCUGCUGCGCACCGCGCAAUCCAAAGGAGCCAACACCACGUGGCCCUCCAUCAUCGCCGGCUUGGUGGUGGUGCUCACUGCCAAAGUCCUGCGCUCCUGCUCGCCCCGGUUCGGGAAGCUGGUGGCUGAGGAGGCAAGGAGGAAAGGAGACCUUAGAUACAUGCACUCUCGCAUCAUCGCCAACUCUGAGGAGAUCGCUUUCUAUGGAGGACACAAGGUGGAGAUGGCCCAGCUGCAAAGGAGCUACCAGUCCCUGUCCUCUCAGAUCCAUCAGAUCCUGCUGAAGCGUCUCUGGUACAUCAUGCUCGAACAGUUCCUCAUGAAGUACGUGUGGAGCGCCUCUGGCCUGGUGAUGGUUGCCGUGCCGAUCAUCACCGCCACAGGAUACUCCAAAUAUGACUCUGAGGAGGUGAAACAGGCCGCCAUGGUGAUGAAGGAGGAGGAGUUGGUGAGUGAGAGGACGCAGGCCUUCACCACGGCCAGGAACCUCCUCAACGCUGCAGCCGACGCCGUGGAGAGGAUCAUGAGCUCAUACAAGGAGGUCCUGCUCCUCUUUCCCUGCUCUUCUUGCUCUUGUGCAUGGUUACCUGAAGUGAGGCCCACCCAUCCCCAGAAACAUGAGCCCCGCUGCAAGUACUGGCCAAAGCAACAUGACCCGCUUCCUGCCCUCGCCCCAGUUGGGCAACGAAAAAGAAUGUACGAGAUCCCGACAGAGAAUACUUACCGAGCAGAGAUGCAGACGGAGACAGAUGAAGAAGUGAACCAACUGAACACAGACUUUGAGAACACCUCCCACACCAAGGACUCCCUCUCCGGGAUCAGUGACUGUAGGUACAGAAGCUCCUCUUGUAAACCUUGUAAGGAACUCCACCAGGACCUGGCUGUGUCUGAGGAGACUGUAAUAGUGAUGUUGUACUGUGUACUGUACAGGCCCUACAUGUCAGAGGGGACCCUCAGAGACCAGGUGAUCUAUCCAGAUUCUGUGGAGGAGAUGGUUCAGCGAGGAAUCACAGAUUCAGAUCUGGAAGAGAUCCUUCAGACCGUCCACCUGCUCUACAUCCUGGACCGAGAGGGAGGUUGGGAGGCAGUCAGUGACUGGAAAGAUGUUCUGUCUGGAGGAGAGAAACAGAGGAUGGGAAUGGCUCGCAUGUUCUACCACUGCCCUCGUUACGCUCUGUUGGACGAGUGUACGAGCGCCGUCAGCAUCGACGUGGAGGGAAACAUCUUUCAGGCUGCAAAGGAUGCUGGGAUAGCUUUGCUGUCAAUCACACAUAGACCCUCCCUGUGGAAGUACCACUCUCACCUGCUGCAGUUCGACGGAGAGGGAGGAUGGAGGUUCGAGCCGCUGGACGCCUCCACUCGUCUGUCUCUGCAGGUCAGAAAUAAACAACAACACUUCCUGUUUACAGUAGAGUCUCUACUCAUCACUUCCUGUCCUCGCUCUGCCGCCUGUGACACAAACAAACAGGAACACUGUCACCAGUGACACUUCCUGUUGACGCAUCAUUCAGUGUACCAGCAGCAGGCUCUAUACGGAGCUCUGUUCAUUAUAAU